AUGCCUCCCCGCGGUCGCAGAUCGGCCAAGGGCUCGACGUCAGCCCACGCCCAGUCCCGCCUUUCCUUCAACAAUUCAGCAAGAGUUACUAAACCCGGCGCAAGACAAGACGACUCGGCGAAGAAGGCCGCCUCGAAGCUCUCAGAAGUCACUCCAGCGCCAGUUGAACAUGAGAUCGAGACGCCCGAACCCGACGCAGACGACGAGUCGCAACUGACUGAAGUUCAAGCCACGCCAGAAGAGCCGGAGUUAAAGGAAGUCGACGUUGCCAUACGAGAGUCACCGCUGAAGCCGAGGACGACGAACCCGAAGGCCAAGAAGAAGUCUUCUGUUCAAGACAAGGACGAGCGAGAACUUUCAGCCGAGAAGAUCACAGAUGCGCAGAUACGAAAGUACUGGAAGGCUGAGGAGGAUGGCCGACUGGCUCCGAGAGUCCACCAAGAGAACCUCUCUCUGCAUGAAAAGAUCCUACGCCACUUUGACCUUUCCUCCCAAUUUGGCCCCUGCAUUGGUAUCCAGAGGCUCCAGCGCUGGAGGAGAGCGAACAUGCUCGGCUUAGAACCACCUGUGGAGGUCUUGGCUGUGCUCUUGCGUGAAGAAAACAAGAAGACAAGUCAGGGGUGCGGAAAACUGGCCUACAUUGACGAACUGGCUGGCGGCAAAGUCGUCCUGGUUGAGUAA